GGACUACCAAUCCAAGACACCCCUGCAAGUGUCCCAAGGAACCAUAGGGCGUCACUACACAAAGCAAAGCACACAGUUUGAGAACUGCUGCUCUGAUCUGUAACCGGCUCGCUCUAUCUUUCCUCCCUCGCUGUUUCCGGUCAUGUGACAGCAAGUGCUGGGUAGGCGGAGCCUCAGCUGUGUUCGUCUCUGGAUUUCACGGUAACUGAGACCGGCUGUUGUCUUGCGGGACCUCCCGCGCCCCUGAGCGGCAGAUGCUGAACACAGACUAUGGGGUCCAUAAUGUCUGCAUACACCAGUCGUGCGACAUCCUGGAAGCAGGCUAGUAACUCACGCAUUGAAGAGGAUGAUGAUUUGUUGGACGAGAAGGACAGGGAGGAAGAUAUUGCCCAAUUUCCAUAUGUUGAAUUUACAGGCCGGGACAGCAUUACCUGCCCGUCCUGCCAGGGUGCUGGGUGCAUUCCAACAGAGCAAGUGAAUGAGUUGGUUGCAUUAAUACCAUACAGUGACCAGCGGCUGCAGCCCCAGAGAACGAAACUUUAUGUCGUGCUUUCGGUCCUGUUAUGCCUGCUAAUAUGUGGUCUUGUGGUGUUUUUCCUGUUUCCACGCACUGUUCUUGUAGAGGAUGGUGGCAUCAGAAUGGUAAAAGUUUGGUUCGAUAAUGAAAAUCACAUCGUGAACCUUGCUAUGACGAGCACACUACAGAUGACCAAUUCGAAUUUCUAUUCCGUAUCCGUAGACAGCCUGAUUAGCCAAGUACAGUACAUGAACACUGUCAUUGGAACCCAGCAGCAGAACAAUGUCUCCGUUAUUCAGCCACUUGGCGAGAAACUGGUGAAUUUCACAGUGAAGUUGGAGUUGGGUGGAACCUUAUCUUAUUUAUAUAACUUCUGCACCUUGCAGUCGGUGAAAGUGCACAACAUUGUUGUAUUCAUGCGAACGUCAGUGAAGUUUUCCUACAUCGGACACACGUCGCAGAGCUCCUUGGAAACCUACCAAUAUAUUGAUUGUGGAGCCAAUUCAACUUUACUUACUGACCAUCAUGCUCUGUAAAGGAAACGCAGAGCAACGCACAGUAAAAAGCAGCACGGUCACCUUUUACUUUUCACUGUGAUUCCUCCAUAGACCCCAUUAAACUAAUACCACUGCAGGGGCUUGCAGCACGUGUUUACAUUAACGAGUGCUGGGUUCUACACCAACGCUUUCUUUUUAAUCGAGCAGUGUUUGUGUAAUCACAAUAACUUAACUAAUUUAUUUUAAAGUAGUUCUGGGAAACAGUAUUGCAGUUUUCUAAUCCGCAUUAUUUUGUAUUGCACUGGUGGACCUCUUUUUCUGUACUUCGUUUUUAUUGAUUGAAUACAUUGGCCUUUACUUGCCAGGGGACUUUUUACAAUUUUAAACCCUGUUUACAUUUGAACCUUUAAGUACAUAAAUUCAAUUAAAUUAAAUUCCGUUAAAUUUAGGUACUUAAAUCUUAGGCACAUAAACUGCUAAAAUACAUGUGCACCAGACAAAGCUAUCUGUAAACUUGGUGGCAAAUAUUUGUUCUCAUUGAUCUGGCGAGAAGAUUUUUUUUUCUUUAAUGUUGAGUAGUUGAGGACCCUAUAACAUACAAUGAUAGAAAACAAGCUGAUAGCAAUUCUGGAAUAAUUGUUGGCCUUACAGUUGAUAUAUUUAAGGCACUGUAACUAAAAUGCUUCAUUGUCUUAAUUGUGUUUAGUACAGGGGAUUAUAUAUGCUAUACAUAGCUUUUAUUUCUUAGUAUGGGUUGGCUACAAUUUCAAAGGGUUGAAGCUGGUCACUCCCCAGUUAUAAUGAAACCCAGAGCCCUGCCCAGCCUGUGCUCCUAAAUUGUUAUAUGAAAUGUAUGGCGCAGACAAACAAAAAAACAGAAGCUAGAAACCUGAAUGCAAUUUUUGUAAGACCUUUGUAAAAGCUGUGGAAGUUCUGAAACUGAGGUGUACAUGUAUAAAUAUACAUGCUGUGGUCGUUAUCGGAGCAGACCCGCUUCACCUCUGGAUCGUGGUGAUGUGGGUUCUGAUAUCGGCAGUAUAUAUGAAGCACACAAUUGCUGAAGAGGGAGAGUGUUAAAGUACCUGUGUGUGCACUCUCCUUCUUUCGACUGCUACUGCUGCCACUGACCGGUGAUGCGUACAUUCUGCACAUGUGCCAGUCAGAAAUCCCCCAGAGGCACGUGCAGCUGUUAAAGUCGAUAGCUGCAUUUGUCUGACCACUGACCAUUCUUUCAUUGCCCGGCACAUCGGCACACUAUCUUGUAGAUAGCAGCGCUGAUAAUGAUGUGGGCACUUGCCGGUAAUCACAGCUCUCUUACAUGUGGGAGAAGCGGUAUAAAUGCCCAUGACAUGCGCUGAUACCACGUACCAAAUAAACUUACAUCUACCCCGAUUUCGUUAUGCAUCUUUAAUAUCUAUGUUGGGCAAACAUAAAAAGGGAGAAUUAGACACAAAUAUGAGACUUGGUGUGCUUUUAGAGUUCCCUUUGAGUCAUCAAUUUAGCAACUGGCCCAAGGGAUGGUGAUGCGUACUUUUCCCUCCACCCGUAAACUACAACUCCCAGCAUGGUCUAACAGCUGCUGACAGCUGCAGUUUAGUAAAUGCUCAGGAGCUGCAGACUGGUCACCUUAGUCCCCACUAUUAGGUUCUUGAUAAAGUCUUAAACAUGAUUCUUAACGAUAAUGUGUAAAGUUAUGUCGACACCAUUAGAAUUCUGUAAGUUACCCUUCAGUGGGGUCUGCCUUACAGAACUAGCAUAUUAAUAUCCACAUAUUCACUUUCAAUGUAUUGAUCGUCGACAAAACGUAUGUACCCCAUUGAUUAACCCUGUGUUACUCUGAGACCAUCUUUACCUCUCUCUACAGAUGCAUUUUUGUCAGGCUAAAUGAACAUAUAUCAUUUCAAGUUCAAUGUCUUAGGUGAUUUAUGUCGGCACAAUCAGAUGUCGACUGCACACACACCGCUCCAUAGAAGUUCUGUGGCUGCAUUCACCAACAUACUGUUGGAUUUCAGUUGCAUCAAUAUGUUUUAUGCUCCAGCUCACUGAGACUGGCUGGAAUAGGCUGCCUAUGAGGCCAGCAGAGGAAAUGCUAAAGAAAUGCCUGUGGCUUAUAACCUGGGUGUGGGAGAGAGAAUUGUCCUGUCACUAUACACUGUAGAAGGCCAUUAAUAAGUGUGUGUGUGUGUGGGGGGGCUCAUAUAUAUCCUAAUACAUGCAAACAUGUUUGUAUACCAUUGGCUAAGGUAGGCUAACCAUACUAGCCCUUAAAACUGGGACACUCCUGAAUUACACAGGUUCUGUGGCUGAUUAAAAUCAGGUGACAUGCAGGCUUGAAGUCAGCCAGCCACAGAACCUGUAUAAUUCAUGAGUGUUACAGUUUAAAAGGCUAGUAUGGUCAGCCUAGCUGAGGCCUCUGGUUGCUGUGUCAGUACAUUUAUGCUGUUGUGACUUAUGGACUAAAAAAAUAGCACUUUGCGCACUUAGCACAAGCCUAAUAAUUUAACUUGUUUUCCCCUCAGAUUGUACUGUAAGUGUUACAAGAGCCAGGGGAAAUGUGUUUUUUAUUUCUUUAAUGAAAAUAAAGCACAUUGCAACCUUUGUCACAAACUAAGACGGAUUUAUGUAUGUUUGAUUUUACAACACGUUUUGCAUCACUGACAGGGCAUCGCCAACCCUAUGUUUUUAUUUCUCUUUUGUUGUAUAACUCUAAAGUUAGUUUAUUUGGAGUUUGUUGUCUAAUAAAUCUAGUCCUUAAUGUAACAGUGAAUGUGACAUUUACAGUUCAAGAGUUUUCUUUUUGUCUGUUAGUUUUACAUAAUUGUAUGUUAGAUACAACGCUGAAGCAUUUUAAGUUAGAACAGACGCUUCAUAUUACUGUUAUGCCACUGUUCUUCAUGUCCUAUGCAUACAUAACUUUACUUUGUCAUUCUUAAUUACAUUUAAUGCUCACAUUAACAGUUUAGGUUGUAUAUAUUUUUGUUUUUGCCAUGUUAAUAAAAUAGUUUAACGUUUU